GUGACAUACCUACGAAAGAAGAAAGCCGAUAUCUGUCUCAACCGCUCUCCUCUCCUCUACCACCGACACCGGCCUCACGCCGGUGGUCGGAAAUUUCUGGCCAUGCCCAAGAAGAAGAAGAAAGCCCUCCGUGGGGCAGUUCCUGGUUCUUCGAAGUUUGCUGUUGUCUACGCGCGAGCCUCCGCUGCUCUCGCCGGAAAUUCUCGCCUUGUUGCUCCGGCUGCGCGUGUCUCUCCGCCUGGUUCUUCGUCUUCAGCCUCAGACUUGAUUUCUGGGUCUCCAAUCGCAGAUCCAGUCUCAAAUGUGUCCUCGGGAGUUGUGCCACUCUCAGAUCCAAAGCUUUUCGUACCUACCGUUGUCUCUACCGUCGAUGGCUUCGCCUCCGGUGUUGAGGCCUCUGUUGUAACAGCUGCAAAUACUGUUUUGUUAGCUGGUUCUUGUGUCCAAUCGACUGUCCUUGCGACAGACUUGGUCACUACCUCUCCAACCGCGUCGGAAACUAUUCCCAUCGCUAGCCCAGUUGUUCUUGCUGCGGUGGUUGAUUCGGUUCCCUUGGUUAAGACUCCGUCUUCUCCAGUCAAGGUCAAGUCUUCUCCAACGAUUGCUAAUUUAGCUCAGAGUGUUGGCUCCGAUUCAUGGGUGGAUAUGGUUAAGGGUUCUUCAAGGAAGCUUUCAAAGAAGGGAACCGGUUUUUCUUUGCCUUCUGGAGAGCUCUCAGAGCUAUGCCCGAAACUAAUUGAAAAAGGUGCAAAGAAGCGCAGAAAUCAGAGAAGGAGACGAUCAUUGACUCCUGCUCAACAUCGUGAAGGAAAAGAGAUUGUUAAGGUGAAAGGAAUAGCAGGACAUGAAUGGCAGAUAAAAGUUUCUACUGGGAAUGAUGUGAACCUGAUCUCAAAUGCAAAUGGAAGUGCUGGUGGUUCUGUGCUUUCUAAGGCUUUGGUUACCCCUGUUGGUGUGUGCAAGCAGAUACUCCCUGGCGAAUCCAGCCAUUCUGUCCUUGUUAGUACCUUAUCUGAAACAACAAGUGCUGCAGGAGGAUAUGAAUCUUCUGCUCUCCUAUCGGUGUUCUCCUGCACAAGCUGGUGCUUUUGAAAAGAUGUUCACUGAUGAAGAAAUCAAAACUGUGUUUUUUU